AUGUCUUCUUUUGGAUAUGUUUAUGAUGAGCGAAUGCUUGAACAUGAAUGUCCAUAUGAUGAGACGAUGGCUGAAAGACCUGAAAGAAUGGCUAUCAUAAAUGAACGACUUGAACGUGAGGGAUUACUCAAAGAAGCUGUUAGGCUAGACGUUCGCGAAGCCAAAGAAGAUGAGCUCCUUUUAAAUCAUCCAAUUGAGAUCAUUCGAGAGAUGAGCGCUUUGGAAACAAAUGAGGCUUGUGAAAAAUUUUGUCGAUCACAUGAGAUUUUGUGGAUGAGUCCUAGAUCGGAGAGAGUUGCAAGAUUGGCGGCUGGUGGAUGCAUCGAAUUGGUGAAAGCGCACAAAGAGGGACGAAUUGGAAACGGUUUUGCGGUUGUUCGACCCCCAGGACAUCAUUCUUAUGGGAGGAGUCCGAUGGGAUACUGUGUCUACAACAAUGUAGCCAUUACAGCGAAAUAUGCUGUUGAGAAGUUGGGAUAUAAAAAGAUAGCUAUCAUUGAUUUCGAUUACCACGCGGCAAAUGGUACUUUUUAUUCGGUGAAAGAUGAUCCGAGAAUCUUGCUUGUAUCAUUUCAUUCAUAUCAUAGGGGACUUUUCUGGCCAUACAGUCAAGAUUUCGAUUAUACGACUAAAGAUCAAAGUAUCUUCUUCCCGUUGAACUGCGCGAUGAACACGGAGAGUGACUAUUUGGCCGCUUUCAAUCAUGUGAUAAUGCCGGUGCUGAAGGAAUGGAACACAGAGCUCGUACUGGUAUCAGCUGGUUUCGAUGCCGGUUAUUAUGAUAUGAUGCUUGACCUUGGACAGUCGAUUAAAGCACAUGGG